AUGGGCUCCACCCAGUCCGCGCAAGCAGCUGAAGAUGAUGAAGAAGAAAGCGAAGAAGAAGAAGAGAAAGACGACGAAGAUGAUGACGAAGAAGAAGGAGAGCUGGAACAGCCUAAUGCGAGAGAAAUCAUUGACAGUAACAAUAAUUUAGUUAAGAAGGUUCUACAACAGGAGCCAGAGAUGCUGCCCUGUUACGCAUCAGCAUCGCCUCUCUCUCCUCAGCUCUCAUCUUUAGGCACCCCAAGGCUCGGCCCUUCUAUCAAGGUGUGGGACCCUUACAAUGUCCUCGCACCGCCACCGCCUCUGCCUCUUUUCUCCUCCGAUGAUGACGUUGGCGUUUUGGAGGUGUUUUUGAUAAGUCAUGGAGAGUGCGAGCUCAAUUUGAGGCCUGAUUUAGUCGGUGGGAGGUGCCACGUGGCUGCUCUGACUCCCAAAGGCCAGCGGCAAGCUAGGGCUCUUGCUGUCUUCUUCAACUCUGAAGGGAUCAGCUUCCAUUCCGUUUAUUCGUCGCCCUUGAAUCGUGCUAGAUCAAUGGCUGUCUCUGUUUGCCAGGAAAUGAAUUUCGUGGAGGAACAAAUACAAUCCUCGGAUGCCCUCAUGGAGAUGAGUCUGGGGCAUUGGGAGGGUUGCCCCCGUUCAGAAAUAUAUACACCUGAAGUUCAGAGCCUGCUUGAAAAUUUUCAGCCUGACUUUUGUGCACCAUCUGGAGAAUCACUUAGGCAAGUGGAAUUUAGGAUGGUUCAGUUCCUAAAUGGGACGGUCCUCGGACUGCCUGAAAAGCUGAGAUCAGAUUUCUCGUUGCACAAUCAGAAUGAGAGCCAAGGAUUUUCUCAUGAUAGAGAUGGCCCUUCUCUGCCACCACCUUCACAUUGGGAUAUGCAGCAUAUGCUUCAUAGGCACCGACAGGGCCUCACAAGGAAAAAGUCUGGUAAGAGCAGGCUACAAGUUGUGACUACUACUGGCAAUCACGAGGGUGAGGAUGAGAUCUCUCUUAGGGAAGCCAGCCACCAACAUGCUCUCCAUGAUUUGAAUAUCAGAAACUCAUCCUCCUCCGUCUCUUCAUGUGUGGGUGUUUUCACGCAUUCAAUUCCCAUUAAGUGUCUACUCACCGGCCUCCUGGGCUGCAGCCCAGUAAUGAUGCGUAAGAUCUGCAUAGAAGAUUCUUCGGUGACAGUGUUACAGCACUCAUGGAAAACAGGUUGGCAGAUUAAACGCUUGAAUGAUACUGCACAUCUAAGACUUCUCUAG